AUGCACAACCAAUAUCAAAUGUAUCCAGAACCAAGAUUUGUUUAUCUUAGUUAUCCGCCAAUUCAAAGACAAAUUCAGAAUUUUCAAGCAAAUCAAAUUGAAAUAAUUGAUGAAAAUGAUGAUCUUGAUCAAGAAAUUCAACGAAUAUCAAAAACACCAAGUGAAAUUCAAUUUCCAACAAAUGAUCUUUUAAAAGAUUCGCCGAAAUCAUUAUGUCGACGUCGUUGGUGGAAAAUCAUCUUAGGUAUUGUUUGUUGUCUUUUAUUAGCAGCAGCCAUUGCAGUUCCUUUUCUUAUGCUCACUAUUUUCAAUCAAUCAACAACAACAACGACGACGACGACGACAUCGACCACGACAACUAGUGCCACUACGACAACAAGUACAACAAGCACAACUAGUACGACUAGCACAACUAGCACAACCAGUACUUCGACGAGCUCAACGAGCACAUCAUCGACGUCAACAAGUACAACAAGCACAACUAGUACGACUAGUACAACUAGCACAACCAGCACUUCAACAAGUUCAACGAGCACAACAACUACGACAACAACUUCGACAUCCGCAACAACAACAUUAGGCACAACAGUAUGUUCAACAACAGCGAUAACAACAACGAUAACUUCAAGUGCAUUACCAUCUCAAUGUUCAACAGCAACGGUGAUAACAGAUAGUACACGAAAUGCUGGUUAUUCUGUUGCAGUUUAUCAAUGUGAUCCAGCUGGACUAACACUUCCUGGUUGGUUUCGAUUUUCCGGUGCUGCCGGUACAAUGCUCGCAAGUUGUGCUGUACCUACUUAUCAUUGUAGUACACAUGCAAGUGGAUGGUAUUCAGGAGUUCAUCCAUCUGCUGCAGGUGCAACAACAUCAGGAAAUGUUUGUUAUAAUUGGAGUGGAAAUACUUGUAAUUGGUCAAAUUCAAUUCAAGUUACAAAUUGUAACGGAUAUUAUGUCUAUUAUCUGAGUACACCACCUGUCUGUAAUUUACGUUAUUGUAGUAUCUAA